UAUAUAUACUCAGGCAUGAGAGAGAGCCCACACCCACAGUGUUCAACCACAGCCGUUUCAGUCAUGAAGGUCCUCGUGGUGCUCGCCCUGGCAGUCUUCACCGCCGGCUGUAAUGCCAACAUCGUGUGGCAGAGCCAGCCCAAACAACAGGUCGACAUGGUGAAAGAUGCUUUCUGGGACUACGUUGCCAGGGCGACGCAGACCGCCGAGGGCUCCCUGGAGCAGAUCAGAGAGUCGGAGCUGGGAAAGGAAGUGAACAUCUUCAUCGCAACCAGCACCGACGUCGUGAACAGGUUCACCGACAACCUGCGCGCUCAGGCCGCCCCCGUCACCCGGGACCUCCUGACUAAGUUCUCCCAGCAGACGGAGCAGCUGAAGGCUCGUCUGGAGAAGGAUCUGUCGGCGGUGGGAGCCAGCCUGCAGCCCUACGCCGAGGAGCUGGUGGCCGAACUCCAGAGCAAAGUGUCCGGGCUGAGCGGAGACGCCGCCCCCUACGCCGAGGCCAUGGACCCGGAGGCCCUGAAGGCCUUGGUGCUGCAGAAGAGCCAGGAGCUGAAGGUUCAGCUGGAUCAGAGCGUGGCCCAGAUGCAGGCCCAGAUGGUUCCCUACACCGAGGAGAUGAAGCAGAGGAUGGAGCAGAGCCUGGAGGACUUUCAGCAGAGCAUGAUCCCCCUGACCAAGACCUUCGAGGCCCAGCUGGUGCAGAAGAGCCAGGAGAUCCAGGAGAAACUGGCUCCAUACGGGGAGGAGCUGAAGGCCAAGCUGGACUCCAGCGCUCAGGACCUGCAGGAGCAGCUACAAUCUCUGUGGAAGUCCUUCUCUAAACUGACACAGUAAAUGGAGUUAUGGGACAGAAAAACAAGUGCAAUACCUCAUUUUCCAUGUUUUUGUCAGUGACUUGUCACUGGUUUGUCCUCUGUGUUACUGGUUACCUCUAAAGUGUGUUAAAUAAAAAAAAGCUUCUUUGAAUUUUUGGACUUUUUUUUGUUGGUGUUUGAAAAUGAAUAUGCAAAUAAAGGUUCAUAAACAUCUCA